AUAUCGGCUCACAAAGCAGCUGGUCACACUGCUUGAACAACUUGCACUUUUGUCGGCAUUUCUUAACUGCAUAUUUUCUCACUUUUAAAAGUUGGGCGACAAGUAAUGUAAAGACUUCAAAUAUAAUACUCUCGAAAAUUCCCAGUAAUGUUUUGGCUAAGAGGGCUACAGAGAUCCCGGCAGCAACUGAACAGGCUGUGUCAUUUCCGUAGUCGUCUAAAUUACGGGACCAGUCCCAGUAUUCGCUCAGUCCAAACGCCAAUCUCCAGAAGUUUGGGAUUUUGUAGCUCCCUCGUUCGUUACAGCUGCAGUAGCAACCUUCCCCAACCCGCUGAGAUGGCCAGUAAAACCGCCCACUUCGUCCUGCCCAACACGCAGCCCAUUGCCGAUUUGGACUGCAAGAGUGCCUUCGAGAAUCUCACCGAGAAGGAGAAGCUCUACGCCCACCACUUCAGCCAGGCCUCCUGGGACGGCGGACUCAUUGCCUUGAUCCAGUCCAGUCCGGAGGCGCCGCUGAUCUUCUCCCUGCUGCACCGCAUUUUCCUAGCCGAAAAGAUUCCGGUUCUUAGGGCAAAAGCCCUGGAGGCGGGAGUGUCUGCUGAUGAUUUUACGGCCUUCCUAGUGUACGCCUGCGGUGUGUUCGCCAACGCGGGCAACUACAAGGGUAUGGGCGACAGCAAGAUCGUUCCCAAUCUCUCCGAGAAGCAAUUUGAGACCAUAGUAAAGGCAUCCGCUGCUUACACCGAUGAGCCGCGCGUUGGCAAGAUCUUCGAGAAGGUCAAGAAUCUGAUUUAUGCGCUCGAGUCGCGUAACGAGAUCCUGGGCUUUGCUCCCGACGGAAUCACCACCUACUGGUCGGACAACUGCACCAAGGAGGACUCCGAGAUCGUGAACGCUUGGUUGACCUCAAAGCGUAUCGAACCGUACAUGUGCCGCACCUUCAAGAUAGUUGAAAAUGGUCAAACCGUCUACGAUGUAAAGCUGGGCUCCGUGGCGGAGUCCACGCAGGAUGGGAUCACACUUCCGCUGGAAGAGUACAAUGGCAACAAGUUCAGGGUGACCCGCGGUGAUUACCAGAAGCUACUGCAGCGCGUCAACCAGCAUCUGCUGCAGGCCCAGAAGUACGCAGCCAACGAAAACGAGUCCAAGAUGAUCGAGCACUAUGUCCGAUCCUUUGAGCAGGGCUCGCUGGACGAGCACAAGAACGGAUCGCGUUGGUGGAUCAAGGACAAGGGACCUGUCAUCGAGACCUACAUUGGUUUCAUUGAGACAUACAGGGAUCCUGCCGGAGGUCGGGCUGAAUUCGAGGGCUUCGUGGCCAUGGUGAACAAGGAGAGUUCGGCCAAAUUCUCCGAGCUGGUGAAUCGCGCCGAGAAACUAAUAGAGUACCUGCCCUGGACGGAGCCUUACGAGAAGGACUCUUACCUGAAGCCAGACUUCACUUCCCUGGAUGUCCUCACAUUUGCCGGCAGCGGAGUACCAGCGGGCAUCAAUAUUCCCAACUACGACGAAAUCCGCCAGGAUGAAGGCUUCAAGAACGUCUCUCUGGGCAAUGUGCUGGCCAACAUCAACCGCAAGGAUCCCAUUCCCUUCCUCACCGAGGAGGAUCAAACUCUGAUGAAAGAAUACAAGGUGAAGGCUUUCGAGGUGCAAGUGGGCCUCCAUGAACUCCUAGGCCAUGGUAGUGGCAAGCUGUUCCGUAUCGACGAGAACGGCGUGUACAACUUUGACAAGGAGAACACUAAGAACCUGGUCACCGGUGAACCCAUCGCCAAGUGGUAUCUUCCCGGAGAAACUUACGACACCAAGUUCGGAGCAAUUGGCUCCUCGUACGAGGAAUGCCGCGCUGAGGCCGUGGGCUUGUAUCUCUCCCUGCAGCGUGACAUCCUGGAGAUCUUUGGCUUUAAGGAUAAGGCCGAGCAGGACAACAUCAUCUAUGUCAACUGGCUGAGUCUCAUCUGGAACGGCAUGGGUGUGGCUCUGGAGAUGUUCAACCCGAAGUCCAAGCUGUGGCUCCAGGCGCACUCUCGCGCUCGCUUCGUGAUCAUGAAGGUGCUGCUGGAGGCAGGUGAAGGACUCGUUAAGGUCGAGGAAACCGAAAAGGGCAAGAACCUUUUGCUGACGGUGGAUCGCAGCAAGAUCGAUACAGUGGGCAGGAAGGCGCUGGGCGAUUUCCUGACCAAGCUGCAGGUGUACAAAUCCACCGCCGACAUCGAGGCAGCUUCCAAGAUGUACGAACACUACUCGAAGGUCGACGAGAGCGGAUCGCAUCCGUGGGCCAAGUGGCGUGAUAUCUGCCUGGCGCACAAGAAGCCGCGUAUGAUCCUCGUCCAGGCCAACACGGCGAUCGGCCAGGACCAAAAGGUCCAGCUGAAGACCUACGAGCCAACCCACGAGGGGUACAUCCAGUCAUGGGUGGAGCGCUACCCCAACACUGACAUCGACGAUCUUCUGGAGAGCAUCGUGGAGAAGGACAAGAAGUAUUUCCCGACCGCCUUCAACAACUGAGAACAUUUCGCAUUUAACAUUUUCGCCUUCAUUAUCAAUUCAAUUUGUUAACUAUGAUUUUGAAAAAAUAUAUAAAUAUAUAGUCAUCUAAUGACCAACAAAAAAUUUACAAA